AUGGGUGCGAACAACUCAACAAUCGAUACCAAUCUCCCUAUAUUCUCUGAUCAACUUGGGAAAAUCACGAUUAAACCCCUCAAACCGCACGCAUCCACACUCCGCUCAAGCCGAGAGGCAAAUGAAACGGCCGCUGCUUCCAUCGGCCACAGCCAAGACCAUGUCGCUUCCGACCUGUCACCCAAAGCCCCAUCACGACCAAGGUGGCUCCCUCCAGUGGAGAGCCGGGAGGCUGUAAAAGCACAAGCGUUUCAGGUGGAUGGCUGGCGGAUCGUUGAUGGUUCGGACGAGAUCUACGAGUCGAUUGACACGGAGAGAUCGGGUUACCCUCAACCAACAUCCUUCAACUCACAAAUUGAUCCAGAAUAUUCUGAUCUGGACAUAAAGCCUUCGCUGGCGGAAAUUGAUGAAGCCUUGGCCAUAUAUCAGGAAGAUUCACCAUUAAGUCAUCAAAAGACUGGUUCAAAUCUCCCAGUGGUCUUGGAUUCUCCACCAGCCAGAGCUAAACGCUCUCUAUCUGUGUCGCCAGCGCAAAAGAAUAAACGGCGUCUCCUCCCGACAAAGCGCGCCGUCGAAAUUGCCGAUCAGAAAUGCGACACAUUCGGCGAAAACGAAGCCAAUGCGCCAGAACCCCAGGCAUCGACAUAUCGCCAAGCAGAAUUUGGAUUUUUCAAUCCAUUCCCCAAUGGCUUUCCGCUCGACGAGGAAGAUUGGUUACGUCCAGACCCCCACCCUGGCUCGUGUCUCUACCAAGACUCGGAGGACGAGGAUGAAGGGUACUGGUCGAAGAUAAUUAGUCCAGCCAACUCUGGCGAGGGGGGCACGCCAGAAGAACAACAAACGCGCCUUAAUGAACUACUAUCGAGACGCCACCAAACGAAACCUAAACAGAAGGAAAUAAAAGAGGAACCAUCCAAUAUCGAGCUAGAUGAAGAACAGAAGUUCCUGGAUCUAGCCCGCGAAUACAUGCACAGAUAUCAAGAAGAAGGAGCAGAGCGGAGUCGACAACUACGAGAGAAAGCCUUGCGGCGGCGUGGACUUCUUACAAACUCUGAAAGAGGCUCGGAUUCGGAGUACAGUAGGACAAUAUCUGAUACGGAUGUCGACCACGACAACGAUUCAAUUAUCGGCCUUUUCUCCGAUGACAACGGCCACACCGACGAACCCCGGGACAUUGCUCAGCACAGUAAAAACUCAGAGUCGACGGAGAGGGUCAACAAAUCGAAGACAGACCAGAGGACAGACGUGUUAACCGCAAGCAAUCCUCCUGAUCGGAUACAAAACCAGACUUUAAGUGGUGACCGGGACGCUCAGAUCGGUCGCGACAAAUCACAGGCCAUACCCUUGGGCGAUGAUCAUGAACGUGAGGCUAAAAGAGCCGUUCGUCCUGGGCUUGCGGCGAAGGGAAGCGUGAGCACCCCUCCCCCAAGCAGACAGUUCAUCGCAGAUGACGGGAACUGUAGAGCUCGUCGGCGGAAUCCUCUUCCUGAGAGACCUGAUGAUUCCACAAUACAUCCAGAGUGCAAUAGAGAACAGCAAUUCAGUGCUACGCCAGAGCACCACGCCCCUCGACACUUGAAGUGCAACAUCGCGCAACAGCCACAAAUCAGUGCUACACAGGAUGAGACAGCUCGAUAUUUGGAGUGCAACACAGUGCAGCAAUCGCAAAUCGGAUCUAGCGCAGAGAAUGAAACUUACAGCAUAUAUCCGCGGCCGCUAUCAAGUCAUGGCACAGAUACAGCGCAGAGAGGAGCUAUCAACGAAGAAAAACGCAACCUCAAGCCGUCGGCUCGGCCGCUUUCUGGACUUGAGACGCUAGCAGCUAAAAGAGUCGGCGGCAGUGACAGUGAGAGUACCCUCAGGCCCCUCGAUCGAGCCCUUUCCCAACCCCAGACACUUCCACGAAAACGCGAUCUAGUACCUCUUGAUCCCAGCGCGCCAGAAUCCCAGCCAACUGGCGAAAACACCGAACCGCCGUCUCCCCUUGGUCCCGGUCGAAAUCGAGGCUUGACACUUCCCAAAAACUUCGACCAAUUCUCCGAAGAAGAAAAAGAUGUGAUUGUCCAGCACGAGAUUGCAAAGGAGAGAAAGCGAGACCUGGAUGCGCUUGGAGGCGUGGUUUGGACUUUUGCACAGUUACGGUGCUUCUCGGAUCGCGAAAUCACCGAGAGAACCAUGCAAACGGAAACAAACGAGCUGUAUGACAUUGGGAGGUUCAUCUCGCUCGUGAUCGAGCAGGGGAAGCCUGGCAAAAUGCGACGGACGCGGGUCCAGGACAUUCGCGACAACAUCCGAAGGCGGGUGCAGAAGGCGGCAGAGAGCUCAGAAGAGCCCAGUGACGUUGCAGUCAUGACGGAAAUGCGGCGGACGUUCAGUCAGAAGCAUAUUGAUUUCAUCAACGACGAAACACCAAAGGUCCAGAAGGAGAUUGACCAUUGGGGAGGGCUAAGGAGUGAGCGCAAAAGCCGGCGGCACAACAUCAGGCCGAGAGAGCACAGGAAAAAAGAGCGGCCGAGCGUGCGAACGGAAGAGAAGUCUGGAAAGAAACAAGUCCGAUUUGUGGAAGACGAGACACGAGCUGCCCGGGACAAGCGGCCGACGAGUAAGGCGAGAGCAGUCGAUGGUCGACAAGCACAGUCGGACAGUCAAGCAGAAAUCAUCAACAAGUUGAAAGCUCAGCUGAGGCUUUUUGAAACGGCCGACCAAGACGAGGUCGCCGAACUUCAGAGUCAAGUUGCCGAGAUCGAAGCAGAGCUUGAGCGCGCCACCCAAUAUCGCCAUGACGACGACGAGGAAAGCGAAGAAGAUGACGGCGCCGACUUUGUGUUUGGAGCUGGGCAGAAUGCGCAAUCGGCGUCACAGGGAUCAGCCAUGGAUCAGAGUCAAUAUCGGGAGUCAUUCAUAGAAGAGGAACACGAUACUGCAGAAAUCAACCAUUUGGAAGAUGGGCGUCAAAGAGACUCAGCGCCUCAUGACCCAACUCCCAGUCAACAGCAACGCGACCCUGAACUCCUUGGACAAAUGCGGAUGGAAAGGAGCCAGGCCAUGCAGAGCCAGGGUUUCGACCCAGAGCUCUUACGGCAGAUGCAACUGAGGAGAGAGCAGCAACUCGAGGCAUCGACAGACCCGACAAUUAUCGAUCGCGCCACCGCAGGAGAAUCGGACAGCGAGACCGAGGUGGAGUCUGAGGACGCUUCCGACGGAGACCGAGACGAGAAUGACCAAGUUUUCAGGUACACCGUCUGGGGUGUGUUCAGGGGGGUCGAGAUCUACAAGGACGCCGAUCACUAUUACUUUCUGAAGACGUACGACGCGGCAAAGGCGCAGGACAAGGUCCGUGAGAUCGUCACCGGUGUUCAUCGGUACGCGGCGUCGGCGACUGGGACCGAAGUCAGUCGGGUGAGCAUGAAAACGGAGCUGAAGUACGAGUUGAUGGAGCAGCAUAUCGCUCUGGGGGACGACUUGACCAUCCAGGCGAAAGUCUGGAUCGAGCGGGACCUGGUGGAUUUGGCCCAGAAGGCCUUUCGCGCGGCCAAACGACAAAGAGCCGUGAAACAAGCCGCGACGUUUGCGGUGUAUUGGGAGAAGACCAUUACUCCCGUCGACCGCCGCGAUGGAGAAACCGAGACCGAGGCCGACCGUGGCCGCGCCUCCGACGAGCUUGACGACCUGUUCAGCGAGUCUGCAAAGGACACAGCCCAGGCCGCCGCCGCAGCGCCCGUGACGAUCUUCAUUCCACAAGAUGAGAUUGAACACUUCACGACGCCGAUCCUGGCCAACCGCCACGCCAAGGCGGUGUACCUGGAGUGGCACAAUACCUUUUUGCCUGGUUGGCAGGACGAGGGAUAUCGGCGGCUCGAGGAGGAGUCGAUGGAGCAGUACCUGGAGACGCUGGGCGACUGGGGCCACUUUGUGCGUGAAGAGAGCUUUGAGCGUGUGGAGAAGGAUGGCCGACACGGCGGCCAGAGACGCGUCGAGGAGAAGAUUCGAGUGUGGGUGAAGAAGAUUGCGGUCAAGGGGCCGGGCAAUUAA